AUGCUGAAGGUGAGCUUCGCCCAGGCGUCUCAGGCGGGGGGCCUGGCGUCUGGCGGGCUCCUCGCGCGCUCGCGCCUUGAGCACGGAUUGGCGCGCAUGAAGGGCUAUGAGACUCCAGUCGUUCGACCUGGGCGAGCACAGCUGCUUCACCACGCUGGGCUGACUCCUGGGAGAGUCGUUGUGGGAAACGUGUACUUGGAGAGCGGCGCGGGGGUUGGCGCAUUCAACUACGAGGCGCUGCGCGACUUGGCGUGCAGGCUGAAGCAGCACGGCAGGCCGUGCGUGAUCGGUGGCGACUUCAAUUGUACCAAGGCCGAGCUGGAGAAGAGCGGAGUGCUGCGGUUCCCCGGCGGCACCUGCGUGGACACGCUCGAGCCGAUCUGCGCGCAGUCGAUGCGCCCCAUCGACAUGUUUAUCGUGUCGAGGGGCCUGCGGCUGCUCAACGUGGAGGUGAUCAGCGGAUCGCCUGUGUGGCCUCAUCGGCCUGUGGUCCUGGAGCUCGAGGCGACGCGCCAGAGGCCCUACAUCCGUGUGAUGGAUGUGCCCAAGAGCUUCCCGCAGCAGCGGCCUGCUGGUUGCGCGCGAUGGGACUACCGCGUGCCGUGGGUCAGCGUCGGCGCGGAGGUACGGCGGCUUCUGCGCUCUGCGCCUCGGCAAGGCCAUGGGUCGCGGGCGGCCCGCGCCGACGGACAGCUGACGCAGCUACGCGACCAGGUCAACAUCGCCUGGCAGCGGUUCCUGGAGCAGGCUGAGACCGACUGGAUUGAUAUAUACCAGGUGGGCGAGGGCGCCCAGAAGUAUCGAGGGCGAGGUCAGCCAGCGCAGCCGCGCUGGGUCCGCAAGCUGCCUGUAGCUGGCGCACGCUGGCCCAAUGUCUCGGUUGAGGCCACCUGGCUCUACAGGGUGUCGUGCGAGCUGCAGCUUCUCGCCGCCGUCGCGCAGCCCGUCAGCCGUGUCCGUGCGCUUCAAGGUCUGCACAGGCUGAUGGUGACUGCGCCCAAGGCCGUGAAGGCUGUCGCGGAGGCUGAGCCUCACGACCUGCCUGUCGCGAGCGCUUGGUGGCAGCUCCUCAACAGCUUGGGCGCUCACUGCCUGGAUCCAUCCACCACAGUCCUGCAGCUGAGCGAGUGCGCCCGCGUUGCUGCCGUGAAGCUGGCCGAGCGUGACAUGUCGGAGCGCAAGGUCAGGUUCCAGCAGUGGAUCGCCAAGCAAGCCAGUGGCGGCGGCGGCGGGCCCCACGCGGUUGCCAGGCUGCCGAUCGGAUUCGCGGAGAGCCCCAUGCUGCGCGCUAGCACCGAGGAGACGCACGCGGUCUUCUGUGAGCCCGCCGACCUCGCCGCGGAGGCCACCGCCCUGGAGGUUGCCUGGGGCAGCUGGUGGAGGACAAGCUGCGAGCAGGUGGCGCUGCGGUGGCCGAAGGAGGUUGCGGAGGCGGCCUUCAAGCUCAAGACGCUGCUGACGGAGGUCGACCUCAACGUGGCGCUCUCCAAGUCCCGCGUGCUCGCCAACGUCCCCGACGUCAGGCGCGCCGUCGCUGCGAAGCUCAAGCGGCCGCUCGGCAUGAUGUCGGUCAAGGGCGAGCGCAAUCUUGGUGUAGAUUUCUCGUGCGGCCGCAGGGUGGUGAGGAAAGUCCGAGGCGACAAGAUGGUGCUUGCUGGCUUGGGGACCAGGCGCGUUGCCCUCUUGAAGACUGGUGCCGGGCGCAAGCUGGCAGUCCGCAAGGUGGCGCGCAGCGGGCUCGAGGCGCCCGUAUCCAACGGCUUCUCCGUUACGGGCUGCGCCGCCACGGAGCUUGACAAGUUGCGUACGCUCAUCUUCACGGCCGUGGCGCCGAGCGUGGCGGGGCGCUCGCGGGCAGAGCACCGCUCGGACCUGGGCUGCCUGCUGGCGACGCUGGAGCUGGAGCCUGCCAAAGCGUCGCGCCUCCACGGCAAGGCGACCCGACUCGCGCCCAAGGAGUGCGGCUACCUCGCCUCGGUUAUAGUGGACGGCCAGUGGCCUCAGCGCCGCAAGUACCUGAAUGGCUACGCCGCGGGCGACAAGUGCUUGCUGUGCGGCGACGUCGGCACGUUGCUGCAUAGGCACACGUGCUGCAGUGGUUGGCCGCCUGAGUUGAGGUUGCCCAGCAAGAUCCGCGAGCUGGCGAGCAAGGCCGUGCUCGAGGAGGUGGAGUGCAUGCUGGAGCGCGUGCUGUGGCCUGCGCCCCGCGGCAUCAUCAAGCCGCCUCGGCCUCCUGGGAUCAGCUGGCUGGGACAAGACGUUGGCGGCGUUCUGCCGCCUGGCGACGUAUACCUGGACGGGUCCGCCUACGGGAGCGACUUCCAGCAGUGCACGAGCGUUGGCUGGGCUGCGGUGGUGCUGCAGGAGGGCGCGGACGCCUUCCGCACGGGCAUCUCUGGCAUGUUGUGCGAGCCCUUCGCCGACAUCAACGGUGGUGAGUUGGCUGCGCUCAGCGGCACGCUGCGCCACGCCGUGCCGCCCGUCAGGGCCAUCGUCGACUCGAACUUCGUGUUCAAGGGUGUGAUGGAGCACGGGCCGCUGAACACGACGCGCUGGGGCCACGCGUGGGCCCACCUUUGGCGUGAGCUCUGGAGGCUCGUCGAGCACUUCGGGGGGAUAGGCCCGCAGGGCCUGACCCUCAAGAGAGUGCCAGCGCACGUCCCGAGCCGCCGCGUGGUUGACGACGGCAUCAUCACCGCUCGCGACUGGAUCGGCAACCGCAUCGCCGACCAGGCCGCGAAGCGCGCGGCCGAGCGCGCCAGAGUCGCGCCUGAGGCCCGCCAACGCUUGCAGUCGGCACGGGAGCUGGUCGAGGGCGUGGCCAUGUGGGUCUCCGCGGUUGGGGCCGCCGUGGGCGGAGACGACACCGCCCACCGCGCGGCGAAGCCCAACAAGGCAGCCCCACGAGCAGCGCUGCAGCCCGCUGCUGCCAGGCUCGGCUGCGACCUCCGUGGGCCGCCUGGGGCGCGAUGGUGCAGCAGGUGCCGCUGGUUGGAGCGCGCCAGCGAGUGCCCUGGCUCGAUUGCGACGUCCGCCCUCGACCACAAUCGGAAGUUGCGGGCGCAGGGCGCCUUGGCGCACGUCAUCGCGAAGAUCGAGCCGCAAAUCGAGUCCCAGCUGCAGCGCGAGAUGCCGCUGCUGGCCUGUCUUGUCUGCGGGGCAACGGGCGCGGCGAGGAGCUCGUCGUUCGCCCGUGCCUGCGGUGAGCCUGGUGCCAAGGGCAAGCUGGCGAUUGCCCGCCUGGCAAAGGGCUUCGCGCCAGGCGCAGCUGGCCGUGUGGCCAUCAAGAUCGUGCAGGUCGGCGACCACGGCUUCGAGGACGGCGACUCGGUCGACGACGGCGACGAGCGGCGGCGUCUGCAGGAGCUGCGCGACCGGCAGCUGGCGCACGACCUGGCGCACAGCGAGCGCAGCAGGGCGCUGCAGGCGGCGGGGGCGGAGGCCGCGACGGAGGCGCAGGACGAGCAGAAGUGGGGGCGUUUCGACUUUUCCGGUGCCGGCAUCGCCACGGGCGAGCCUGUGACGGACAGGAAGUCAACAUUCAUAGCGUUCUUGUGGCCGGUGUCGUCGAGGGAGGAGGUGGACCACGGCGUGGCCAUCUUGAAGGCGAAUGGCAAGAUUGCGCGGGCCGCUCACAACAUGUUGGCCUGGAGGCUGCUGUCUCCAGCCACGGGGACCUUGGUGAGCGAGUGCGACUCGGACGGCGAGGGCGGGGCCGGAGGAGGCCUGCACGCGCUGCUGCACAACACCGGGGCCCAGAACGUCGCGGUGCUGGUCUCGCGGUGGUGCCCGCCGCGGGCCCCGAUUUGGUGGGCUUGA